UCUUGAAGCCAAGACAUUUGAAAAACCUUUCCUGCUGGUUAGGCCGUCCUGGAUCUCCUUGCCGUCAGUUGCGGCUGUGAGGGGCUCUGGGCUGCGGGGUCUGAGGGAGCUGCCACCCCCGCCAACGCCACUGAAAUAAGGCUCAGGCCGCUGCCUGGAUUUUCUCCACCUGAAGACCCUGAGGGAUCAGGACUGACCUCACCCAGAGGGAGGCGGCGAGGGGUGAUGUUUCGGCUGCAGGAGGCCCCCUAGGUGGCGGGCAAAAGUGAGGCGGCGGGGGCGGGAAAGCAGGAUGGAGCUGGUGGCCCGGGGGCCCGGGCGUCGCCCCUCGCCGCUGAGCGUCGCCCCUCAGCCCCCCGAGAGGAUGCCCCGAUCCUGGACGUGAGCGGCCCUCCCCCGGCUCCCCGACCCGCGCCCUCCUUCUCCCUGCGGCCCCGCCGGCCGGCCCUGGCCGUGGGAGCCGAUGCGUUUCCCCUCCUGGUUGCCGAGCGACGAGGGAGGACCAGACUGGACUGGGGUACCAUGCCAGCCAAGGGCAAGUACUUUUUUAAUGACGGCGAAGACUGGAAGAUCAAAGACACGCUGUACGAGAAGUACCGCUACACAAGCCAGCACCAUCCGCUCUUGCUCAUCUUCCUCGCCAUCGCCAUUGUUUUUUCCCUGGUCCUGAUUGGGGUCUUCUUCUCCUGCCCGAAACAGAAAAUCGAAGAUCAUCUCGCCUUCAUCGUGACAGUCUUCACGACUCUGAUCAUCUUUGGGAUCAUUUCGGUGCUCGUGUACAUCGAGUCCUUGCUCCGGAGAUGGCUCAGGUUCUUUGCCGGGCUCACCUGGUUGUGCUUCCUGAGCUUGGGUUGUGUCCUCAUCUUCGAUUCAGGGAAGAACGGGAACAUCUGCGUCUGGGAACAGGUCCCGUUCUUCCUGUUCCUGAUCUUCACAGUAUACACUAUGCUGCCCUUGGGGAUGAAGGAUGCCAUCAUCGUCGGCACCGUCUCUGCCAUAUCCCACCUGCUGGUCUUUGUCAUCAGGCUGUGGGGAACAGGCUUCUGGAGCCAGCUGAUCGCCAACGCCAUCAUCUUCCUCUGCGGGAACGUGGUGGGAGCCUUCCACAAGCACCAGAUGCAGGACGCCUCCCGCCACCUCUACCAGCACACGCUCAAGUUCAUCCAGAUCCGCAGGAAGCUGAAGAUUGAGAAGAGGCAACAGGAAAACCUGCUGCUGUCGGUGCUACCGGCCCACAUCUCCAUGGGCAUGAAGCUGGCCAUCAUCGAGCGGCUGAAGGAGAACAACGACACCCGCCACGCACCCGACAACAACUUCCACAGUCUCUACGUCAAGAGGCACCAGAACGUGAGCAUCCUGUACGCGGACAUUGUGGGUUUCACCCGGCUGGCCAGCGACUGCUCCCCCAAGGAGCUGGUGGUCAUGCUUAAUGAGCUGUUUGGAAAGUUUGACCAGAUUGCCAAGGAGAACGAAUGUAUGCGGAUCAAGAUUCUCGGGGACUGCUAUUACUGCGUCUCCGGCCUGCCUGUGUCUCUCCCCACCCACGCUCGCAACUGCGUGAAGAUGGGCUUGGACAUGUGUGAGGCCAUAAAGCAGGUGAAGGAGGCCACGGGGGUGGACAUCAGCAUGCGGGUCGGCAUCCACUCGGGAAACGUGCUGUGCGGCGUCAUCGGCCUGCGGAAGUGGCAGUACGACGUGUGGUCCCAUGACGUCUCCCUCGCCAACCGCAUGGAGUCCGCGGGCGUCCCUGGCCGGGUGCACAUCACCGAGGCCACCCUGAGCCACCUGGACAAGGAAUACGAGGUGGAGGAGGGGAACGGGCAGCUGCGGGAUGCCUACCUGAAGGAGAUGAACAUCCAGACCUACUUGGUGAUCGAUCCAAGGCAGCGCAGGCAGCCGCUCCCGACCCACCCCCAACAGUUGCCCAAGCCGAGGGUCAACGAUGCCCUGAAGAUGCGGGCGUCCGUCCGCAUGACACGCUAUCUGGAGUCUUGGGGGGCCGCCCGGCCGUUUGCCCACCUGAACCACCGGGAGAGUCUGAGCAGCGAGUUCUCCGUCCCCGGCGGCAAGAGGACCAACGCUAUCCCCCUGCGGGCUCUCGGGCGUCGGAGGGCAGCUGACAGAGACGGGGCCCCCGGGGACCGGGCCGAAGACAACUCCUACGAUGAGGAGAUGAUGUCCACCAUCGAGGGCCUCAGCUCAGCCAAACCGUGCUGUAGAAAGUCAGGUGACUUCUGCGCCGUCGGGAUGUUCUUCGUGGAGAAGGGCUUGGAGAGGGAGUACCGCUUCAUGCCCGUCACUGAGGUCCGCAACUACUUCGCCUGCGCCGGCUUCAUCUUCCUCUGCCUCCUCUUCAUACAGCUCCUGGUGAUGCCCAAAAAUGCAGAGUUGGGCACCUCGUUUGGGAUCGUCGCUGUCCUCCUCCUGCUUGUCCUGGGGGUCUGCUUCUCUGAGAGAUGCCUGAGGUUCUGCCCCCAAUGGUCUUUCCUGCGGCGACUCGGGGCCCUCUCCAAGAAGGUGGAGGGGAUGCCCGUGGUGCGCCUGGUCUUGGAGGUCCUGACCAUCGGCAGCCUGCUGGUCAUCGCCAUCUUCAACCUGCCCCCGCAGCCGAAUGGAAACCUGACGAGUCAGUGUACCGCCUCAGAGAACGUCUUUUACCCCACCCCGCAGCCGGUCGGAAACCUGAUGAGUCCGUGUCCCGCCCGGGAGAACGUCUUCUACCCUUAUUACACCUACAGCUGUAUCCUGGGCCUCAUCGCCUGCUCCGUGUUUCUCCGUAUGAGCCUGGAGCUUAAGGUGUCGUUGCUGACCGUGGCAGUCGUCGCUUACCUGGCUCUCUUCAAUACCCAUCUACCGGAAGAGGCCUGUGGCGCUUGCUGGUUCUCUCCCAGCCAAACCAACGCCAGCAGUGCCAACGACACCUCCGGUUAUCCUCUUUUUGUGAACGAUCUGAGAAUUAUGAUUAAUUUGUACCUGGUCCUGUUUUACGUUACCCUUCUCCUGCUGUCCAGACAGAUCGAUUACUACAGCCGCCUGGACUACCUGUGGAAGAACAAAUUCAAGAAGGAGCACGAGGAGUUUGAGACCAUGGAGAAUGUGAACCGGCUGCUGCUGGAGAACGUGCUGCCCGCUCACGUGGCCGCCCACUUCAUCGGGGAUAAGUUGAAUGAGGACUGGUACCACCAGUCUUACGACUGCGUCUGUGUGAUGUUUGCUUCGGUCCCCGACUUCAAAGUGUUCUACACCGAGUGCGACGUCAACAAAGAAGGGCUGGAGUGCUUACGCCUGCUCAAUGAGAUCAUCGCUGACUUUGAUGAGCUGCUGCUGAAACCCAAAUUCAGCGGCGUGGAGAAGAUCAAAACCAUCGGCAGCACCUACAUGGCGGCUGGGGGGCUGAGUGUCACCCCGGGGCAUGAGAACAACCAGGAUCAGGAGCGGCAGCACGCCCACAUUGGCAUCAUGGUAGACUACAGCAUCGCCCUGAUGAACAAGCUGGACGGCAUCAACCGCCAUUCCUUCAACAGCUUCCGGCUCCGGGUUGGGAUCAACCACGGGCCAGUGAUCGCAGGGGUCAUUGGGGCCCGCAAGCCUCAAUACGACAUCUGGGGCAACACGGUGAACGUGGCCAGCAGGAUGGAGAGCACGGGGGAACUGGGAAAGAUCCAGGUGACGGAGGAGACGAGCGGCAUUUUGCAGGGGCUGGGCUACUCGUGUGCGUGCCGGGGGCUCAUCAACGUCAAGGGCAAGGGCGAGCUCCGCACCUACUUCGUCUGCACUGACACGGCCAAGUCCCAAGGCGGUGGCGGGCUGAACUGAGGAGAGGCAGCCUCCUGGAA